CGUGCACAGAAGUACUCGUCACGAAGGGCAUGCCGGGUGUCAUCUUGUACGCGGGCGACCCGAUCGUGUCACCGGCACCGGCACCGCCGCGCCGACGACCCCACGCAGCGUCGUCGUCGGGUGCGUCUUCGUCGGCGACCUCGAGCGGCCAUAGUCGCCGGCGCCCACCGCCGCCGGAAACCGCCGACGUCCGAACCAACUUUACCACACCUAAGCAACCUCGCCCAUCGAACAAUCUCACACGCCCGUCCAACCUCUCUCGGCCAUCGACACUGUCGCGGCCAUCGACGCUCACGCCAACGCCCAACCACAACGACGACGACGAUGCGAUCUUGGGCCACGUGGACGACGCCAACGACUACCCGCUAUUGGAAGAAGUGCCCGAGAAGGAGCAGCACGACACGCGCAACUACGACCCUCGGUCCCAUCGGACGUUUGUGAGCACGCUCUCGGUCAUCAUUGGCGCGAUCGUCGGUGCCGGCGCCGGCGUCGGUCUCUCGCAACUGCACAUGUCUCGCGACAGCCUCCAAUGGCUCGCGCUGCCCGGCGACCUAUUCGUGCGUGCACUGCGCUGCCUCGUCGUGCCCAUGGUGUUUUGCACGAUGACCGUCUCGAUCGCUGAAGUCGUCGUACUGAAGAAAACCUCGGUGCUCACGUGGCGCACGGCAUUCACGUACUUUCUCUCGUCGUUUCUCUCGACAGUCCAAGGCCUUGUCGUCGCCAUCGUGUACCGUCGCAUGUUUGCCUCAAGCUCCGUCGCGAGCACCGCACCCGCCCCGCGUCUCGUCUUUGCGCUGCAGUGCCGCAACGGUCAGUACCUCGCGGAAAGGGGCACGAAUGGCUCGUCGCUUGCGUGCAUUGGUGGCAGCGCGAACGAGUCGCUUGCGCAGUUUCAAGUCGCCGACGUCCACGGGCUCCUCACACUCAACACGACGGCACUGAGCGACCUCACGCUCACGCAGCAAGUGAUUGGUAUCAUCAACACAUCGGUCCCCGACAACAUCUUUAGCGCGCUCGCCGACGGCGCGCUCCUCUCGGUCAUUAUGUUUGCCUUGCCGCUCGGGUACGCAGUCGCCAAGUCGCACAAUGGCCACAUGCGCUCGAAUGCGCUCUUGAAUGCACUGCGCCAAACGCGCAACGCGCUUCUGAUUCUCAUCAACGCCGUCUUGUACCUGACGCCGAUCGCGGUCGUCUUUCUCGUUAGCAGCGCGAUCGUCAUGUACGGCAACGCGUCGGCCAUCAUGGCCCAAGGCGGGUACCUCUUGUUGGCGUUCAGCACGAGCGUCGUAUUUCACGUGCUUGUGACGAUGCCCAUGGUCGUUUUUUUGUUUACGCGCACCAACCCGUAUAACUACAUGCGCCAGCUCUUUCCGGCCUACGUCUUUGCGUUUGGGUGCUCGUCGUCCAUGGCGGCGCUUCCGGUCGCCGUCACGGUCAUUCACCAAACGCGCCAAGUGUCGCGGUCGCUCGCACAGCUCAUCAUGUGCCUUGGCACACCUGUGAACCUCAAUGCGGGCGGCCUCUACUAUCCGGUCCUCGUUGUCUUCAUGGCCAACGUUGCUGGCGUCAACGGGCUUUUGGGACCGCCCCAAAUGACCGUCCUCUUCUUUGUGACGCUGCUCGGCUGCAUGGGCACGGCGCCCGUGCCCAACUCGGGCCUCGCGAUGCUCAUGACGAUCUGGAAGACGGUGCUGCCCAACCAAGCGCUGCCGUCGGCGUUUGUCUACGUUGUCGCGAUCGACUUUCUCCUCGACCGCAUUUGCACCAUGACCAACAUCAACGGCAACAUGAUGGUCACACGCAUCCUCGCCGCGCACUUUGACGACGGCUUUGAGUCGUGGGGCCACGACCAGACCGCCAUGGUCGAAGAGGAAGCAAGUCGCGCCCGUGACGUCUAGUCGCACGCUAGGUCUACGAGCUAAGGUAGUUGUGGUAGAAUCAACACAUAUUUAAGAUUUUCAUGCGCUCCGAA